AUGUUAUAUACUGAAUGUCAUUCUUUUUACACUGAUAUCUGUCCGGUGUCACAGAUGGAACGUAGAAAAGCUGCUGGCACCUCCAGAGCCGCCAGGCGAAGACGCUGGUGGCGUUUGAGACAGCGAUGGAGGAUGGUAGGGGUGUUUGAGAUCGAUCCAGAACAUGAGUUCUACCAUCUGACAUCCAUGAUAAAAGAAGGCAUGCAUGCUUCCAUUCAGACCACUAUGGACACAUCAGGCCAGGAUACAACCGCUGCUGAACAUUUCAAGACAGCGGAAACUCUAACUCAUGAGGGGUUCCAGAUGCAGACGUUUGCAGCUUCAGUGUUUGCUAAACUGAGGCGUUCACUGGACAUCACAGAGGAGGAAUAUAUGAACUCCCUCUGCUCAAGCGAGUGCUACCUCCAGUUUGUCAGUAACUCCAAGAGCAAGGCAAACUUCUUUGUCACGAAUGACAAGAGAUUCUUCUUAAAGACCCAGAGCGGGCGCGAGGUCAGGUUUCUCCUGUCCAAUCUGCAGGCAUACAUGGACCACUUGGAGAAAUACCCUCAUUCACUGAUGGUGAGGUUUCUGGGUGUCCACAGGAUUGUCAUUCCUAAUGAACUCCAGAAAUACUUCAUUGUGAUGCAGAGUGUGUUUUACCCCGAUGAGAGGAUCAAUAUUAGAUACGAUAUCAAAGGCUGUGAGGUGGGUAGAUAUACUAACCCCGACACAGGGGGGAAACAAAUAAUCAAAGUGCUGAAGGACAAUAACUGUGAAGGCCAGAGCAUUGCACUAGGUCAAGAGAAAUCCUGGUUUGCCAAUCAAGUGAAAGUGGAUGCUGCCUUCCUUCAGGGGCUUAAUGUGCUGGACUACAGUGUCCUUCUGGCCCAUCAACCUCUGCACAAAGAUGAGCUGGAAGGGAAACACUCGUUGGCAAACCUUGUCGUUCGCACCACAAUGUCUGUGGACUUGCAUGACAGUCCCACCACGUCAGACCCCUCCACCAUGCCAUUACUGAAAGAGACCACGGGUGAGGUGGCACCAGAUACAACAGAGUGUGGGUCAGGCCAGCCACCGGCAGCAGCUGAGUUCGAUGGUGAAGGGAUUCCCCUCCAGGAGAUAAAGUGCCCUGUGAAAGAAACCAGGAGUGACUCAGAACUGCAGGAAUUCCAUGAGCAUCAUCGCAGGCUACUGCCCAACGUCAAAAAUAGCAUUCAUGUGGUAGAUGGGCCUGACCGUCGCUACUUUGUGGGCAUUAUAGACAUUUUCACUGUGUACGGCUGGAAGAAAAGACUGGAGAACCUGUGGAAAAGACUCCUUCCAGGCAGGGCCUUUUCCACAGUCAGCCCAGACAAAUAUUCACACAGAUUCUGCAAGUGGAUACAGGACCACUCGGAGUGACACAAUGCAAAAAAACAUUGAGCACUGUUAUACAUAGCAUUUGCUGUAUAGCCCCCCCAGUGUCCACAGGAUGGGGCUGGUGUCGCAUUCUGGCUCUGUCGUAAUAGAGCGGCGGCUCAGUCAGAACGUGAUGAGCUACAUCCAGUGGAUCUGUGGUAUGACUGUAACCAGUCAAGAAGUGUUGAUGCUGACUGUUUUCAUUUUUGUAUAGAAAUUGUAGCCUUCUGUGCAGUUUCAGAGCCGUGAUAUAGGCAAUAUAGAAAAAAUGCUUGGGGUGCCAGGGUACUGUAGUGGCUGGGCUAAAUUAAUAAACAGACAAAUAAAAGAGCACAUUAAAAACCUUGCAGUAAUAUGUGCAGAUUGUGGAGAAGCACUCCCCAUGUUGUCACAUGAUUAUGUUCACUUAGUUUUCCACCUGCUCAGACCACCCUUUGGGUUGAAUUUAGGGACGCACCGAUACCGAUAUUGGAUAUUGGGCCUGUACUGGCUCAGAUAGCUGGAUCGGGUAUCAGUGACAAUGGGGCCGAUAUAUUCAAUUCAAUUCUAUGUUUGCUAUACACACUAUAUACUGGAAUUUUAUUUCCUGUUUAAAUUUUGACCAAUU